AUGAGAAGUCGCGCGAUAGAUUGGGAGCCGAUCAACGGCCGAAUGUGUAGGUUGCGGAUUAAAUACCGUUUCUACAAUUACCACAUCUUCAAAGUACAUUGCCCACACGGAGAAUCAACCGAUGCCGAACAGGAAGCUUUCUACGCGGAGCUGAAGCAGAAUUUCGACAGCUGCCCUCAGAGGAACGUGAAGAUCAUCAUUGGAUGGGUGGAGACGUACAAGCCGGUGGUCGGGUCGAACAGCCUGCACACCGUAACGAACUACAACGGCCAACGGUGCAUCGACUUCGCAGCCUCCCGCGGUAUGGUGGUACGGAACACACUCUUCCCCCGGAAAGACAUCCACAAAGUCACCUGGACAUCACCAAACCAACGAACAAAAACACAAAUUGAACCGCCGUUCAACACCGAGCGGCUGCAGGACACGGUUGUGGCUCAGCACUGCGUGCAGCAGCUAGAGGCAAGACUGCCAACGGAGAAGGAACUUGGCGCUGCCUCAAUCAACGAUGGAUGGAGCUGA